AUGUUUUAUUUUCUUCUCUCAAGCACCCAAGUACAAGUCAGGUUCGGUCUACUGGUCGGAAUCGGCGGUGGUAUCCCCGAGCUGGGUGCCGAUAUCCGCCUCGGCGACGUUGCUGUCAGUCAGCCGACUGGAAGCAGUGGUGGUGUCGUCCAGUAUGACCUUCAAAAAGUGAAGAAGGGAGAGGAGGUCGAACGAAAAGACUUCCUUAAUAAGCCGCCUAAGGUUCUGCUUUCAGCACUAUCGAAUAUUCAGGCAAAGCAUAGGCGCAAGAAAUUCAGAGUGCCAGCGAUUCUAAGGGAGAUAGAGACGCGAAAUCCUGAAAUGUUCACAUCUCAGCCCGGCGAGCCCGGGUACAACUAUCAGGGUUUCGAAAACGAUAAGUUAUUCGAUCCAUCGUACGAACACACCUAUGGCAAGGAUUGCAGUGAUUGCGAUCUAAAGAAGAUCCUAAAACGCGACCCACGACCCGUCCCCGAGAACCCCAAGGUUCACUACGGCACUAUAGCUUCCGGGAACACACUCGUGAAGGGUGCUACUGCUAGAACAGAGCUCAUUCGGCAUAUUCCAGGUGGAUGCAUCUGCUAUAAGAUAGAAGCCGCUGGUCUAAUGAACAACUUCCCCUGCCUUGUUAUCAGGGGAAUAAGCGACUAUGCGGACUCGCAUAAAAACGAUCGAUGGCAGCCAUACGCCGCUGCAACAGCAGCUGCAUUCGCAAAAGAAUUGCUUGGAUAUGUCCCAGCAGGGCAACUGGAGGCGAUGCCAAAGGCUGUGGAUGUGAUCAAAGAUAGUUAG